CCAUGGCGUGGGUACCAGUGGAGUCUGCAGUGGAAGAGCUGAUGCCCGGGCUCUUGCCGGUGGAGCCCCGCGACGUGUCAGAAGGUUUCGAUCCCUCUGUACUCCCGAGGACGCCUCGGGAAUACCUGAGGCGGGUCCAGAUUGAAGCGGCUUUAUGUCCAGAUGUUGUGGUAGCUCAGAUUGAUCCAAAGAAGUUGAAAAGAAGGCAAACUGUAAAUGUUUCUCUUUCAGGAUGCCAGCCUGCUCCUGAAGGAUAUUCCCCAACACUACAAUGGCAACAGCAACAAGUGGCACGGUUUUCAGCUGUUCGACAGAGUGUGAACAAACAUAGAAGCCACUGGAAAUCACAACAGUUGGAUAGUAAUGUGACCAUGCCAAAAUCUGAGGAUGAAGAAGGCUGGAAAAAAUUUUGUCUGGGUGAACGAUUAUGUGCUGAAGGGGCUGCUGGACCAGCUACAAAUGAAAAUCCAGGAAUCGAUUAUGUACAAAUUGGUUUCCCUCCCUUGCUUAGUAUUGUUAGCAGAAUGAAUCAGGCAACAGUAACUAGUGUCUUGGAGUACCUGAGUAAUUGGUUUGGAGAAAGAGACUUUACUCCAGAGUUGGGAAGAUGGCUUUAUGCUUUGUUGGUUUGUCUUGAAAAACCCUUAUUACCUGAGGCUCAUUCACUGAUCCGGCAGCUUGCAAGAAGGUGCUCUGAAGUGAGACUCUUAGUGGACAGCAAAGAUGAUGAGCAAAUUCCUGCUUUAAAUUUAUUAAUCUGUUUGGUUAGCAGGUAUUUUGACCAACGUGAUUUAGCUGAUGAUCCAUCUUGAUGUAGCUGCUAUUUCAGGAAUAGAAGAUUUUUGUGAUAAAGACAGCCUAAGUUUGAGGAAUGCAAUGCAAAUUCAAGCACAAGCCUCUCAUCUUCAACACUAUGUGAAGGGCCCUCAUCUUAACCUGUGCAGCUCAAGUUGAUAUUCAGAAAAUGCAAUGUAUUGUUUUGAAAGUCCGAAAUAUCUAUGAAAAAUCCCGCCCAGUUUUUGAUUAUCACUUUGAAUAGUUUUCUGCAAUCACAUGCUUUUAAAACUUAGUGCCAGUUAUUGGUGAAGCAGCCUACACAGAAAUUGUAUGAUGAAAUUUUACAUUAUUUUGUUUACUGUUUCAUUAUCUUUAUACCUAAUACAUAUAAAACUUUAUUGAAAA